UCCACGCGUCCGAACACACACACACUUGAAAACAAACAUGGCGGCUGUAGCAGUUGAGCGACCCCCGGUGGAGGAGAAGGUUCGGACUCUGAAGCUCGCCGGACAUGUGGGUUUUGACUCCUUGCCUGAUCAGCUGGUGGCCAAGAGUACGCAGAAUGGCUUCACCUUCAACAUCCUCUGCAUUGGUGAGACGGGGAUGGGCAAGUCUACCCUGAUGGACACACUCUUCAACACCUCCUUCGAGUCCAACCCCGCCCCCCACACCCUGCCGGCCGUCAAGCUCAAGUCUCACACCUAUGAGCUGCAGGAGUCCAAUGUCAAGUUGAAGCUUACCAUAGUGGACACGGUCGGCUACGGGGACCAGAUCGACAAGGGAGACAGCUUCACGGCCAUCGUGGACUACAUCGACAAGCAGUUUGAUGACUACCUGCAGGAGGAGCUCAAGAUCAAGAGGAGCCUCUCGGCCUACCACGACACUCGGACACACGCCUGUCUGUACUUCAUCUGCCCCACCGGACACGGUCUGAAGAGCAUCGACCUGGUGUGCAUGAAGAAGCUGGACUCCAAGGUGAACAUCAUCCCCAUCAUCGCCAAGGCUGACACCAUCUCCAAGGCCGAGCUCAGCAAGUUCAAGCAGCGGAUCAUGCAGGAGAUCAGGACCAACAACAUCCACAUCUACCAGUUCCCCACCAACGACGACACCAUGGCCAAGGUGGUGAACACAGACAUGAACAGCCAGCUUCCCUUCGCCGUAGUGGGCAGCACAGACUUCGUGAGGGUCGGGAACAAGAUGCUUCGUGCCCGCCAAUACCCCUGGGGCACCGUGCAGGUUGAGAACGAGAGCCACUGCGACUUCACCAAGCUGCGGGAGAUGCUGAUCCGCACCAACAUGGAGGACAUGCGCGAGGUCACCCACCAGCGCCACUAUGAACUGUACCGCAAGAAGAUCCUCGAGACGAUGGGCUUCACCGACGUGGGCCAGGACAACCAGCCAGUCAGUUUCCAGCAGACAUUCGAGCAGAAGCGUCUGGAGCACCGCGAAGAGCUGCAGCGUAAGGAGGAUGAGAUGCGACAGACCUUCGUGCUGCGCGUCAAGGAGAAGGAGACGGAGCUGAAGGAGGUGGAGAAGGAUCUCUUCACCAAGUAUGACGCCCUGAAGCGGGAGCACGUGGAGGAGAAGAAGCGCUACGAGGAACUGAAGAAGCGGCUGGACGAUGAGAAGGCAGAGUUCCAGAAGCGCAAGCACCAGGUGUCCACGCAGCAACUCAGCAGCCACACGCUCACCCUUGGCAAGAACAAGAAGAAGUAGACAGGGAACGAAGCACACGGGAAACAGUCAAGUAAGAUGUAAACUCAGGAAUGACGAGGAAAAGCAAGCAGUGAACUCAGCACGUGGAGAUAAACAAGUAAACGGUUAAGUUGGCAAAGGAAAAAGAAAUGAGUAAAAAGCAAACUCGGUAAGAUCAAGAAAAAGUAAACAAGGAACUCAGCGCAUUAUGAUAAACAAGUAAGAAAUGAC